AGGCUGAAAGGGAGGAGAGUCAUCCAAGGCGCGGAUGAAAGCCGCGCACUGAUGGUUUCUUCUCCGUUACAAUCACGCGCAUAAAGGAGCAGAAACAGCGCAGUUAUUUACCGAGAGUUCUUCCAUUUCCCUCCCAUUUCCUUUGGUGCACCUGUCCCGUUAACAGAGCGGUCCAUCCGGCCCCUCAUCGCGGGCUCUGGUGUUGGGGUCCCCAGCUGCUGCGCAGGAGAGCUCCCCUGCGUCACAGCCGCUGCAGCCUGAGCUCCUCCACCUUUGUGGAUUUAUUGGACGCUUUUUUUUAAGGAUAAAAAGUCAAUCAGAGGAUAAUUUGUGUAGGCUUUCUGACGCUGAGACGCAUCUAAGAAGGACUUUAAAUUGUAAACACAAGAUUUGGAUUUUUUUUUUUUUACUUUCUUUUAGCUGUAAAGAUGAAAUCUUCCAGCUUCAUCAUUUUGAUUUCCCUCAUCUGCUGUUCGACAUUAACAGCUGGACAUUUGGAUAGGGAUCCUAAAAUUCUUCGAUCUGAGAAUCCAUGGAUCCUGCAUAAGGACAACACGUUGAACCUCACCUGCAGAGGUCAAGGAAAAUUAAAAUGGACACUUGCAAAUCGAUUAAUCCCAUCAGAGGGGGUUAAGGUGAAGAAUUGUGACCACAGACAACAUUCCUACUGCAGCAAUCUCAUAGUCACACACUUAAGGGCCAGCGACACAGGGACGUACUCCUGCAAAUACUCCAAGGCAGACUCAAGCAGCUCUUCAGUCUAUGUCUAUGUAAAAGACCCAGAUCAGCCGUUUGUUGAACCCCAGAAGAAUUUUUUGGUCCUGGAUAUUUACCGAUAUGAGACCCACCUUGUGGUACCAUGCAGGACUACCUCACCAGAUCUUAAUGUACAAUUGACAGCGAGCCCAAAACUCUCGGGUGACAUCGAAGAAAAGAAGGAAUGGGAUCCCAAAGUGGGGUUUAGGAUUCCCUAUGGUCCCUAUACCAUACACACAUAUCUCAUAUGUAAAACCCAGGUCAAUGGUCAACAGUAUAUUUCCUACUAUGUUCCUCGGAGACCAGGUACGGGUCUAAAAAAUGUGAAAAUCACACCUAAGCGUGUCAAAGUGUUGGUUGGCGAUACACUCACCCUGAAUUGUAGGGGGCAGGCAAGCCUUAAUGGAAAAAUACAAUUCUCCUGGGAUUUUCCUAAUCAUAAAGAAAAUCGACAGAACCAAACAACCACACCCACACGGACACUUACUGAUGUUGUGACAAUGAGCCAGACUUUGGUGUUAAAAAACAUAACCAUGAAAGAUAGUGGGGAGUAUCUCUGCAAAACUAGUCUUGAAGGCUUAGAGCACGUGAAUGCUUCAGCAAGGGUGACAGUCUAUGAGCAUCCCUUUAUCAACUUGACUCAUAAGCAGAACCACAGAGGCUUAGUGAUUGUCGCGGAAGGUACAAAGAAGAUUGUGCUGGAGCCCAAAGUCAACGCGUUGCCUCCAACAGACGUGAUUGAAUGGUAUAAAGAUGACGUCCGCAUUUUGAAAAACUCUACAUGCUACAAGAUGUCAAACUAUAGCUUGUCCAUCCUUGAUCUGAGGCACAGGCACUCAGGAAUUUACACCCUAUUACUGGGUAACCGACUGAAGAACAUGUACAGGAAUCUGAGCUACACACUGAUUGUAGAAGUUAAGCCGACUAUUUCUGAGGCGGAGCUCUCCAGCCAGGACCUGCAGCCCUACAUAUCUGGCAAGCAGCAUCAGCUGACCUGCACCGCCUUUGGACAACCCCUACCUGGCAUCACCUGGCUGUGGCAGCCGUGUCACACUAACCUGACACUUGAAGACUGCCCUUCUGACAAGAAGCCAAUCCUGGUGCAGCCUGGUGACCAAGGAGAUAAUUCCCACAACUGGAUCAAGAGUAUAAAUGUCAAGACUGAAGUGCUUCAGGGAAAAAACAAGACUGUGAGCACCCUUGUAAUUGGAGAGGCUCGUGUGUCUGGAAGAUACCACUGUGAGGCUAGGAACAAGAUGGGCAUGGCCAGCCUGACUCUGCCUUUCUAUGUGGAUGAUCACCAAGAGGAGGUCUCCAUUCAACCUGGAUCAGCCAUAGAGGGAGAAGACGUCAACUUAACCUGUAGGGCCACUCGUUUCCUCUACACUGGCAUACAGUGGCUGGACUCCAACAAUGAAACAAUCACCACCAAUCUAUCCAACCUCAAGAUCAACCACUACUCCAUUUCCUCAUCCCUCAAUCUGCACAGUGUGUCCCUAAACAGCACCGCUGGUUACCAGUGCCGUGCAUUCAGGAAACACAGUCCAAGACAGUCCAAAGUCAAGAAAGUUGCCUUAGUGGUGAAGGAGAGAAGACGACCAUGGCUCAGCCAGAAUCUGACCAAUCAGGACGUUAACAGCAGCAGCACGCUGGUCCUGCCUUGUUUUGCCUUUGGGGUUCCUCCUCCACUGAUCCGGUGGUACAAAAAUGGUGUCGAAGUGAAAGAGAGUCCAGGGGUCACGCUGGAACAAGACGGGUCUCUCAUCAUCGAAAGAGUGAAGAAAGACGAUGAGGGUCGGUAUGAGUGUGUGGCCCAGAAUACCGAGGGAAUCACAAACACAAGUGCCCUGGUCACUGUGCUCGGAGAUGAAAGCAAGUCAAACAUUGAGGUCAUAAUUUUGGUGUCCACUGGAGCUGCUGCCACGUUCCUCUGGAUUAUGCUCAUCCUCUUCAUCCGAAAGCUCAGGAAGCAGCCAGCGCACUAUAAGAUGGGACCAUCUAUCAUCAUAGAUCCUGACGAGUACCCCAUCGAUGAGCAGAACGAACUCCUUCAGUAUGACAGCAGCAAAUGGGAGUUUCCCCGUGACCGCCUGUGUCUUGGUAAAACUCUUGGCCAUGGAGCUUUUGGAAAAGUGGUGGAGGCCUCUGCUUUUGGGAUUGACAAGCUCUCAACCUGCAAGACUGUUGCAGUAAAAAUGCUGAAAGGUGGUGCUACAUCAAAUGAGCGUAAAGCUCUGAUGUCGGAGUUAAAGAUUCUGAUCCAUAUUGGGAAUCACCUUAAUGUUGUCAACCUGCUGGGAGCCUGCACUAAACCUGGAGGACCUUUGAUGAUGAUUGUGGAAUUCUGCAAAUAUGGCAACUUGUCCAACUAUUUGAGGAGCAAGAGAGACGACUUUCUUGUUUACAAGAGCCAGGAUGGUAAGGUGGUGUCUGCAGGGCUGGGCUGCGAGCUGAGUGAGCUGAUGAAGCGGCGCCUGGAGAGCGUGGCCAGCACCGGAAGCUCUGCAAGCUCUGGCUUUAAUGAAGAGAAGAGCUACUGCGACUCGGAGGAAGAGGAAGAAGAACCUGAAGAUUUAUACAAGAGAGUUCUGACCCUGGAGGAUCUUAUCUGCUACAGUUUUCAAGUUGCAAAAGGCAUGGAGUUCUUGGCUUCACGCAAGUGCAUUCAUCGGGAUCUGGCUGCUCGGAAUAUCUUACUGUCCGAGAACAAUGUGGUGAAGAUUUGUGACUUUGGGCUCGCCAGAGACAUUUAUAAGGACCCGGAUUAUGUGCGCAAAGGAGACGCCAGACUGCCUUUAAAGUGGAUGGCUCCUGAAGCCAUAUUCGAUAAGAUCUACACGACAAUGAGCGACGUCUGGUCCUUUGGUGUCCUGAUGUGGGAGAUCUUCUCUCUAGGUGCCUCUCCAUAUCCUGGCGUCCAGAUUGAUGAGGAAUUCUGCUGCAGGCUGAAGGAAGGGACCCGGAUGAGAGCACCAGAUUACGCUCCUUCUGAAAUAUAUCAAACCAUGCUGGACUGCUGGCAGGGAGAGCCACAGCAGCGACCGACCUUCAUUGAUCUGGUGGAGAGGCUUGGAGACCUGCUUCAGGCCAGCGUACAACAGGAGGGAAAACACUACAUACCCAUCAACACAGCCCUGCUGGCGAAGGUGAGAGAGCAGACCGAGGAGACUGAGGAGACGUCUUCACGGCCCAUCUCCCAUCGUGACUCAGGAGGCAAUUGGAACAUAAAGAUACGUCCUGCUAGUGUGAAAACAUUUGAUGAGAUCACCAUGGAGAAUGGGAAAAAUGAAAACCAAGAGGGUCAAUCAGACAGCGGGAUGGACCUUUCGUCCGACAUGAAGACGCUGAUGCGAUUUGAAUCGCUGGCAGGCCGACCUCUGAGCAUCAUGGCCCUGGCGAUGAAGGCGGUGAGUAAGAGUAAAGAGUCUGCUCUUAACGACUCAGAGAAGGAGAGGUUUCCGCCCACUGUUCCCCCUCUAGAUUUCAGUCUGGACGACUCAGCUCUGGAUGCCAGCCUGGAGUGUCACAGUCCUCCACCUGACUACAACUAUGUGGUGCGCUACUCCACCCCUCCUGUGUAACCUCCCAUCUGAACCUCUUUGGAAUAUCUGAGAGCGGAAGCGCCAAGGCCCCCCGGCUUUGUUCUGUUCUGUUGUGACGCCUCUGCGUAAUGGUUGGAGAGGAAAACGAGAUUCCCUCUUUAUGUACUCAGAAGUGACUCAGCUCCGCUGCAUUCCCCCUGUGGAUCUAUGUGGACUGCUGAUUCCUGUUUAUCCACGUUGGCUUGUGUUAAUGCUGCUGGUCUGUUCCAACCUUCACUGGUGUGUCAAAAAGCUAAAAAAAAAAUGUCCUCAGGUAUUUUUCUGAUCUACUGUGAAACAAACCAUAUCGAUUUUAUCUUUACCCUAGAAUAUAAAAGGAGCUGUGUAGAGCAUUCAAUUCAAUUCAAUUCAGUUUAUUUAUAUAGCGCCAGUUCACAACACAAGUCAUCUCAAGGCACUUUUACAGUUCAACCAGAUCAUACAGUCAAGCAUUAAAACACGUUAAACACAGAAUGGAGUAUAUUACAGCUUUAGAAUACCUUUCCUAAAUGUUUAAAAAGAUCUUAAAUUAAGGUAAUCUUUCACUUAUGUAGCAUAAUCUCAAAAGAUUUACAGUUGUUUUUAUGAUCGUGGUAAGUAAAGCCAAGUUGAUAACUUGGUCAUGUGCUUUACGGAUUCAUCUGCUUUAAACCUUAAUAAAAUUAAGAGUUCUUUCAUAAUUACUCAAACUCCAAUUUAUAUCAGUAUUUUAUAUAAAUCAAAACCUGUCUGCAUUACUUUAAAUGGCAUGCUUUCUUGUCGUUCUGCCUAAGAGGAACAAGUGUUUGCCUGAGAUUACGUUUAUAUCAGAAGAAAACAGAAGUUAUAAGAUGCUAAACACUCUGACCCACUAAGAGAGUAAAAAUGAUUUUAAAAUAAUUGGUACACUAUUAUUAUUUAAGGUUCUUACCUAUGUUUCUUCCACAAGUAAUAAAUUCCAUUCAAAUAAAGGUCUUAUAUUUUAAAAAAAAUUUAAUCAAUCAAUAGAAGCUUAUGCUACUCCAUUAGGAGUUUAAUUAAUUCAAAGGCUUUUUACUCAUUUUCACCUAAAGAUUACUGUAUACUGUUAAGAGAAAUCGAAAUCCUGUUAAAAAUCUCUUUAUUAUUUUAUAAAACAAAAAUAGCUCUGCCAACUCAGGUUUAAAUAACUUGUUAUUUUGUUCUCCAGAGUUUUAAAACUCGCAGGUUAAAGAAGGAAACAGGGUCAGAUUUAAUAUAACAGCAAAACAUUAACAUAACUUCUCCUGGUGUCAGUUUGGUGUGGAUUAAACACUGUGUUAUCGUUUAGUUUGAUCUCCUUUUCUUUAUUUCUAACCUAAAAUAUAAUUUGGAUAAAUAUGCAUAUUAUUCUCUGCAGAUUCAUAGGUAUACAUGUAUUUUAGAAAAACGAUUCAUAGGAAUUUGAUGCAAAAACGCUACAAAAAGCAAGUUGCAAAUUUAUUGCAAAUGCUGUUACUCAUUUGGCUUUAAAUCCGGAUUCAACAAUAAACAAAAUAUUUUGUUUCUGUUUCUGUCUCAGAUUUCCACCCAGAGAAGGCUAUUCUCUGAGCCUGAUUUUAUUGCUCUAUAAAGCUUCUGAUUGGGUCAGCAGCAGUUUUCCUGACUGCAUAUGUUUUUUUUUUGUUUUUUGUUUUUUUCUUGCCUCCUAAAGUACUGUGGGGUGAAAGUUUGAGAGGUCACAGACCUGAUAAAAAUGCAGCUAAGUUGUGUUCAAUAACCACUCAAAUAAAAAAACUGUAUUUGUGAAUAGAAAUAAAUCCAUUCCUUUCUAGAUGAUGUGGGGAACAAUGAUGCACUGAUGCUUUGUAUCAAGUAUAUAUAUAUACAUAUAUAUAUAUUGUAUUGUUACCACAUUUUUAUGAGACAGUGUUGUAGGUUAAAAUUUUUACAAAGAUUUCAGAUGUAUUGUUUGUAUUUAACUUGUAUCUAUAUAGUAGGAAAUUAACAUUGACAGUUUGUAUUAUGUAAUGUUUUUUUAUAAUAUCCCUGUUGUUCUUAGCUCCAAAGGCAAAUCCACUCUAUCCAAAUAGAUAAUGACUCAUAUAUUUAGUUAUUUAGUUCAGUUUUUCCUUUUUAGCAUUUCACCUUCACUAUAAGACAAAAACUUGAUUUUAUUGCAUUUAUUGGUUACAAACUACACAUAAAGGUUCCUAUUAUAACUUAAACCCACAUGGAGAGUUACAGUUUUUUUUUUUUAUGUGAUACCAACACUGUUAACCGAGUGCAUUAAGUAAAUAAGUAAAUAAAG